AUACCCCUAGACCAACGAGCCGUAUACACAUUUAAUGUUAUAAAUACAGGAUAUCGAACUUUAAUGUUACGGUAAUUAUACCGACACACGCACAUACGCACAAGGUGUUAUCUAUGUUAUUAACUGCGCGAUAAUUCUCUCGUGGUGCGUGGCAUAUGUUCAACAUGGCGGGCCACGGUCAGCAAGACUUUAAUAGGAGUGCAUUGACGCUCGAUAGUGGACGGGCAUGGUAUACGGGGCAAAAAGCAGAAAAGAUUCCUAAUGGUUUGAUGGGAGUCGUUGGUCACGAUUGUCACGGCUUAGAUCUCUCUUAUAACGAAUUAACAACUAUUUUUGGCAUAAAGGAUUUUGAGCAGCUUCAGGAAUUGAUCUUGGACAAUAACAAACUUAACAAUCUCAAAACGCUACCUCAUAUGCCGACUUUGACCACUCUGAGUCUUAAUAAUAACAAGAUAUCCAAUAUCGAGAAAGCUCUUGAUAAAAUACGAGAAUGUUGUCCCAAUGUGGAAUACGUGAGUCUUCUGGGCAAUCCCGGUUGCCCUGAUCAAUUGACCAAUCCUACAUCUACCGAUGAUGAUGAUUACGAGCGUUAUAGGCUAUACGCCAUCCAUAUUUUACCUCCGAGUCUUCGCUUUCUGGACUCCCGAAGAGUCACUCAACAGGAGAGAUCAAACGCUAAUACUCGUGGUAGAUAUUCCAAGACGAUCAAGCUCGUCCCGGAGUUGAUUCGUAAGUUCAUACCCGGUUCGACGCAAGCUAACAAUGAAUUCGAUGACAUAUACUUCAACAUCCAUUACACCCCCUUGCCAAGUUCGUUGCGCAAUCCUCACGAUCACAAAGGUGCAUAUGGUAAAUGUAAGUAUCGAUAUUCUGGCAAGAAUUCAGAAGGCAACAGGUUCAUCUCGAACAAGGAUCUUUAAUCGAGAAUUACAUAUCUAUAUAUUUCUAAGCGUGGUUUUAAAAUAUUUUUCUA